AUGGAGAAAGAUAAGCAUGCUGAUAAAGAAAUCCCACAAACCAAUCCCGAGCAGCAGGAGGAGGAACUUGUUGUGAAACGAGGCACGACAUCAGUGGUAUGGACGUGGUUCGGGUUUACAAAGGCUGACAAAGAGCAGAAAAAUGUGAUUUGCAAACUGUGUCACGCGAAUGUAACCGUUAGCCACGGUAGCACCAAGAGAGGUGUAAAAGUGCCCCAAGUUGACCGCGCAAUUGGGGUGUGCAAGAAAAUUGUGAGUGCCUUCUCAAACACUUGGAAAAGACAGCGUGAACUGGCCAUAGCUCAGGUGCAGCUAGGCUUGCCUGCUCAAAAGCUUAUCACUGAGAGUCCAACAAGAUGGGGAUCCAGGCAACAAAUGAUCGAAAGGGUCAUUGAGCAGGAAAAAGCCCUAACACAAGUCCUGCAAGCUGACAAAAAGACCAGACAUUUGGCUCUGACAUGGCAGGACAUGGACGUUCUUGAAUCUGUAAAUAAGGCAUUAUGCCCACUCGUAGAGUUUACAGAUGCCCUCUCUGGGGAACAGUAUGUAAGCGUUUCAUACUUGAAACCCGUGCUUUAUCUUUUUAAUGAACAGGUUCUUAAGCCACAGGAUGAUGACACGCAGCUCACCAGGGACAUUAAGGUGAACAUUCUUGACUAUUUGAAUGAAAAAUAUGCAGAUGAAUCCACCCAGGAGCUGCUUGACAUGGCUUCCCUUCUCGACCCUCGCUUCAAAACCACAUACAUAAAUGCAGAACGAGUGGACUACAUGAAGACCAGAGCUGCAGCAGAGAUGGAGAGUCUUGCAGCUGAUCCAAAAAGGCCUGUCGAGGGAGUCUCAGUGCCACUAGCUGAAGAUGCUGGAGAAAAUUCAGAAUGUCCUACUAAAAAACAGAAGAAAAGUUUGGGAAGCUUCUUCAAAAUUGCUUCACGCCAACGGCAAGCUGUCCCCCAGUCAGAAAGGGAGUCCAUUGAAAUGGAACUUAACAGCUAUUUACAGGCAGUUGAAGUGGAUGGUGAGACCAACCCCCUGGAAUGGUGGAGGCAGCACGAGGCUAAUUUUCCACGUGUGGCCAGCCUGGCAAAAAAAUAUCUGUGCAUCCCUGCCACAAGUGCUCCAUCUGAGCGUGCUUUCAGCACAAGUGGGAAUAUUGUCACAUGCCGCAGAUCAGCACUAAAACCUGAGAGAGUUGACCAGCUUGUUUUUCUUGCACACAAUUUGUAA